ACUUCACCACCGGUCCCUCUCUCUUGAAGGAAUCAUGGCAGAAGAACAUAUCGACCAAUCGCCACCGCCCUCGGUGCCCGACCCAGACCCGAGUUCGAUUCCGAAUCCGAAUCCGAAUCCGAGUUUGGUAAUCCAUCCGAGGCGGGAGCCGUUCGAGCACGGUCUCCUCCCGAUCCAGAAGCUCAUUUUCACCGACCCGAUCCAAACCCUAACUCCGGUGAAGCAGAAACUCGCCGCCGCGGCCUCAAACAACCGCGUCGGAUCGUCUGCGCUCUCUGAGGCCCUACAGAUCUCUGGUGACCAUGCGCGGCUCGUCCUCGAGACCCUCGCGUCGGUUCUCCAUUCAGACGCCGACCCGCUUAUUCGGGCCAAACCUGAAGAAGUUGAUUCAAUCGGAGCUGAUUUGCGCGAUCUAGUUUUGUUCCUGUACAUUCAAUCAUACAAGAAGUUACUGCCGAGGACACACAAGGACUCCGCUGCGGUUGCCGAUGUCUGGCCAUCGACUUCUGCUUUCGACGGAUACUUAUCGGCGUUAUCUCCAAUUCAGCUUGUUCGCAGCAACAGCCGCCGCUUUAUGCCAUCACAGGCUGAUGAAGAAGCUCAUCAACUUACAUAUCUGCAAAAGCACUUGUCAAACAUUCUUUCUCUUCUUGCAGAGCCUAUGGAGGGAGAAGGAGAUGAAUCUUUGGUAUUGUCUAUGGAUGGUUUUGAGCACCUAGGUUUUCUGGUUCAGUUUGGUGAUAAAGGCUCUGAUGGAGCUCCCUUGGGCCAAGCUACUCCAUUUUUUGCGAAUUCAGAUCCCGAUAUGCCUGCAGUUCCUGUUCCUGUUUCACAAGUGCAUGAUUGGCUGCUGCAAAAUAUAGCUUCUGCUUUAGAAAGCAUCACCGAAAGAAUUUCCAGGAAAGAGAAUGGACCAUCCAAUGCCUCUGAGCAAGAUGAUGCAAUGACUGAUGCUUGUGCGUCUGCCAAUAAGGCUUUAACUAGUGCUAGAGGCCCAUGUCUUAUAGAGGGUGUUUCUAAGACUUCAUUUGUUAAACAGGCCUCAGAUCUUAAAGGUACAUCUGUGAAGGUUGCCAAUUGCCAUGAUUCUGUGAUUUACCUUCUAGCUCCAUUGAGAUAUGCAACUGUGUAUGGAUGUUCUGACGCUACUAUAGUUGUAGGAGCUGUUGGCAAGGCAUUAAGAGUUGAGCACUGUGAGAGAGUGCAUAUAAUUGCAGCAUCGAAACGAGUCUGCAUCGCCAAUUGCCGUGAAUGUAUAUUCUUUUUGGGAGUCAAUCAGCGGCCCCUUAUCGUCGGCGAUAACCACAAACUACAGGUCGGUCCAUAUAAUACAUUUUAUUCUCACUUGGAGGAGCACAUAGCUGAGGUGGGGAUCGAGCCGACUAUCAACAAAUGGAAUGAACCAUUGGCAUUGGGAGCGGUCGAUCCACAUGACUCAUUGUCACAUCCUGCAGGUGUUUCUGAUGCACAGGCUGAGUCGGCUGCUUGUGUAGACCCUGACCAUUUCACUAACGUUUUGAUCCCAAAUUGGUUCGGGAGCGAGUCGGUUGGUUCAACGAAAGACAACCCAUUUCCAUUGCCGGAUGCUUACACGGUAGCACAACAGAGAAAUCUCAAGAACUUGGAAGAAACGAAGCAAUCGCUGAGAGAAGCACCUCUUGAAGAAAACCGGAAACGAGAACUGUCGGGUGCACUCCAUGUGCAUUUCAAAGACUGGCUCUAUGCGACGGGAAACAUCCGGCAACUCUACUGCCUGCAAGGUGACUGAUGAUACGAUGGCAGAGGAUGUUCCGUCCCGUCCCGUCCCAUCCCUGUAAGUCGUCCGGGGUCAGUCCGUCAUGGGAUCGAAACUCUUUAACUGCACAGCCAAGCUUUUAGAUUUUUUUUUUGGCCGUUUGGUUUCUGCACACUGAUUUUAGUAUUCCACAUCUCAACCCCAAUCUGAUUUUCGACCUUGGUUGGUUACAGCUUUACAAUUUCGUACAUUGCAGACAUGCCAUCCAUGAUCUAUCCAUAUAUACAUUCGGCUA